UUAAUCUAAUCAAAUUAAUUAAAUGGGUCUUAUAUUAAGGACCGGAUGAGUAUUACAUUAUUACUUAUAUGCAUGAAAUGAUGCGUAGUUGAUGUUGAUCCCAUGCAUGCUUAUAGAUUUAUAAUUUUAGGAUAAUAUAUCUCAUAUAAACUUGGAAUAUACUGCUGCUUUGUGUGGGUGUGUGGGUGGGUGUGUGUGUGUGUGUGGGUAUAUCCGUUGUUUGUUAGAGAAAUUAAUCAAAGCAGUUUAAUUUGUUGGUUGUAAUCAGUGCUUUAUUAGGCAUGACUCAUGCUAUCCCAUGCACCACACCAGCUCAUGCUCAUCUUGCAAUUAUUUCUCUGUUUGUUAUUCAUAGCUUAUGACUUAGACAUGGAAAUAUUAAUUCCUUUUUUUUUUUUUGCCCCCCAACUCGCAAUCUCCUCCUAUAUAUAUGUGCGUGCGCGCAUGAAAUUAUAUGAAACGAGCAUCUUCAUCAAUCAUACAUGUCAUAUGUUGAGAUCAUCAUCAGAAUGUUGAGGAAGAACAGUGAGAAGCAGAAGCAGAAAAGGAAGGUUAAUAGAAGAAGGAUGCCGAUAAAAGUCAACAUUGUGGGAAGUUCGGGAGCAUUGAGGUUAGUGGUGAACGAAGACGAUGUCGUUUCUGAUGUGAUUCACGCUGCUCUCAAGUCUUAUGCUCGUUUAGGAAGGCUUCCUCUUUUGGGUUCUGAUGCCAACCAUUUCCUUCUUUAUUCUUCCAGUGUCACAUUCGACGUUUGGAGUCCAACGGAGACCAUAGGAAGUUGCGGGUUUAGAGACUUUGUUCUGAGAAAGAAGGCUGUGAAGGAAACAAGAGGAUUUCAAAUCAAAGAUGAGACUAAUAACAAGCAAAAUCGUGGCUGGAACUCGAAGAAGUGGAACUCGUGUUUUACCACAAAAGCAAAUCCAGAUAUUGAUCUAUGUGUUCUCGUACAAUAUAUCGGAAAAUUAAUAGGGAGCACUCUUUAUAACUUAUGGGAUUAUAAUGGGGACCCAGUAGAAAAUAUCAAGUGUUUAAAUUUUAUGAUCUGAAUAAUUUAGAUGA